AUGUUUUAUUUUUAUAUUUAUUUUAAAACAGAAGACAAAUUGAAUGAUUACUGCAAAAAUGAUGAAGGAAAAGAACCAAACAUAUGUAGUGAGUAUUGUAAGAAUGUACAUACGAUUGAUUUCUCAUAUUUGCCAUCUCCAUUGGACAAGUUGGAUGAAACUUUGGUUGGUAAGUUACGAGUUGGAUGUGAUGGUGCCUGUGCAGAUGGUACCACGUGCGUGUGUACAAUUGCUAGUGGUGAAUUAGAAGAAACACUUACGAAGAUUGGAUAUGAACCAUACGAUGUUGCAGACAUAGCUUAUAAUUCAACUAUUGUUAUAGGUGGCAAAAAUAUCACCGUAGGUGGACUUCUUUGUGAAAAUCCUAAAUAA